AUGCAUAGAAGUAUACAGCCGCCGGAGAAGCCCCAGAUGAAGAUCUCAGGCUUGAGUAAUCCGGAACUGGUCGAGCGAUGCGAAGAAAGGGUUGGCAAUAGUCCUGAGCAGUGCGUUAGAAUCGUCUGCUUGGCGACAAUAGCCUGGGCGCACGGUUAUCACAGCAGCUCGAACAGAGCACUUCUGGAGCAUCCAAGAAGCUCUGCUUCUCCGAGGACGAGGAGCAACGCGAGCGGCAAUUUCGCAGACAGAGGCCGCUGGGACACGAAACGAGCCCCGGAUAACGGUCCAGGCUGGACCAGCGGCACGCCCGAACUGCAAGGCUCCCGGCACUCGGCCCAUUGA